AUCUCUUGAAAAUUUAGCUAUUACCACAUCAAAGGAUCUGGCACCCUUGCUGGAGGAGGAGGAGACGAGAGGGUUGGGCACAUCCCUGCAUUAUUUGGAGAUUGAAUCCUGCAAUUGGAUUUUUUCACCACUAGAGCAAUCAUCACCACCUUUGGCAUUUUGGAAGAACCUUACUUCUCUCCAAUCUUUGAGGAUGGUUUCUUGUGAUGGUCUGGUCUACUGGCCGGAGGCAGAGUUCUGUGGCUUGAAAUCACUGAAGAAGAUAAGUCUCCAUAGUUGCAACAAGUUGGUUGGCCCAUUACCUUUACCAUUAUCCUCAUCAUCAUCAGGGGAUGGAGAGCUCCUACCAAACCUGGAAGAGCUGGAUAUUGAACAUUGUGAUGGUCUGCUGGAAUUGCCCAAGUUACCUACUUCCCUCAGAUCACUGUAUGUUGGCUACUGCCCCAAAAUAAAUUCUUUGAAGGAAGGCUUGCGACAUGCCACUUCUCUUGAGAGUGUUCAUAUUUCAGGUUGCCUAAGCCUGACUUCUCUGCCUGUAGAUCUGGGGCUAACAGCACUCAAGAGGAUGUAUAUCAGGGAGCUUCCUGGCUUGAAAUCUUUGCCACAAGGGCUGGGACAGCUCACUGCACUCGAGUCUUUGGAUAUCAGCGGUUGCAAGGAGUUGUCAUCUCUGCCAGAAGGGUUGCAGGGCCUCGAAGCCCUUCAGAAUCUGUCUGUUAGCCAUUGCCCUUUGCUUUCAUCACUCCCAGAAGGUCUACAACGACGACUCCGCAGCCUUCAGUAUCUGCACAUUGAAGGGUGCCCCCACCUGGAGAGGCAAUGUAAGAGAGGAGGACCGUAUUGGGACCUCAUCUCAGGCAUUCCCCAUACCAAAAUAUUAUCUGAGAGGAGGGGCAACUUCAGCACAUUCCUUCCUUCCCUUUCUUGCCUUGGACGACCAUCUACAGUUUAAUGUCAUCCCAGUCCUUUCAAGGU